AUGCCACCUCCAAGAAUCGACAACGAGGCUGUCGAGCAUCAGGACUACACGGCCAGCGAUGCUCCUCGCCCGGCACCACGGCGUGACUCGUCGGCCUCAUCGGCGACCAUCGGCGAGCACCAGCCUUCGACCACAGCGAAAGGCGCAAGCGACACAAUGCAAUAUCAACAUGCAGAGCGCCGGCGCAGCUCUGUCCUCAAGGACCGUCAGCCAUCAGCGGCGGCGCAGCUGAAGAAUCCUUUGGCUGGAAUGAGCGAGGCCGAUGUCCUCGCAGACGUUGACGGCUGGGUCGCCCAAAGAGGUCUGGACCACGAGCGGGAGACAUUCCGACGAGGCGCUCUCCUUGCUCGAGUCAUCAACACGGAAGGCGGCUUUGAAGCCAUCGAUCUGCCAGCUGACGAGAAGGACUGCCUGCGUAAGGAGGCCACGCAUCGCUGGAGUCAGCCAUUUCAGCUGUACUUUCUUGUCGUUCUUUGCGCUGGUUCCGCUAUCGUGCAGGGCAUGGAUCAGACGGCUGUCAACGGAGCUCAGCAAUUCUACCUUGCUGAGUUUGGCAUUACCGACGUGUGGCAGACGGGGCUACUGAACGGCGCUCCAUACCUGUGUUCUGCUCUCAUCGGCUGCUGGACGAAUGCGCCGCUGAACAAGUACUUUGGUCGUCGUGGCACUAUCUUCAUCUCCUGCACCAUCUCCUUCAUUUCGUCCUUCUGGAUGGCUGCUGCAAACACAUGGUGGAAUCUCCUCCUCGCUCGAUUCGUCCUUGGAUUCGCCGUUGGCGCGAAGAGCUCGACGACGCCCGUGUAUGCGGCAGAAAGCGCUCCCAAAGCUAUCCGAGGGGCAUUGACGAUGAUGUGGCAGAUGUGGACAGCAUUCGGAAUCAUGAUCGGCUUCAUGGUCUCGGUCGCCUUCCAGAACUGCCGCCCCAUCACCGGCAACGAAAACGAGCCCUGGCGCUGGAUGAUGGCUUCGACCGCCAUUCCACCCAUGUUCGUGAUGGCCCAGGUCUAUCUCUGCCCAGAGUCGCCGCGCUGGUACAUGUCCAAAGGCAAAUUCGAUAAGGCAUUCACCGCCUUCUGCCGCUUGCGCAACAUGAAGGUCCUCGCCGCACGGGACAUGUACUACGCCAACAAGCUUCUCGAGGUCGAGGAGUCGCAGCGAGAGGGCAAGAACCUCUUCAAGGAGUUCUUCACUAUCCGUCGCAACCGACGGGCCGCGCAGUCUUCGUUCUUCGUGAUGUUCAUGCAGCAAUUCUGUGGCGUCAACGUAAUCGCCUACUACUCAACCAUGAUCUUCGAGCAAUCAGGCUUCAGCCGCUCCAACGCGCUCCUCGUCUCCCUCGGCACCGGUGCCGUCAACUGGCUCUUCGCCAUUCCCGCCAUCUACACGAUCGACACAUUCGGACGCCGCAAUCUACUCCUCACCACGUUCCCACUCAUGGCCGCCUGUCUCCUGCUCACCGGCUUCUCCUUCUGGAUCGAGCCUGGCGCGCCUGAGUCGCAGGGUCGCUUGGCUGGUGUCGCUACGGGGAUAUUCCUGUUCAUGGCUGUGUAUUCGCCGGGUGAGGGGCCGGUGCCGUUUACGUAUUCGGCGGAGGCGUUCCCGAUCUAUAUUCGCGACACGGGAAUGUCAUUUGCCACAGCGACCUGCUGGGGGUUCAACUUUAUCCUUUCACUUACCUGGCCGGCGUUGCUUGAGGCCUUUAAGCCGCAGGGAGCGUUUGGGUGGUAUGCGUGGUGGAAUAUUUUUGGUUGGAUUUAUGCGUAUUUCUUGCUGCCGGAGACGAAGAACCUCACGCUCGAAGAGCUCGACACGGUUUUCAACGUAGGCAACCGGGAGCAUGGCAAGUACUAUAUGGACAAGUUGCCGUACUACCUCAAGAAGGCGAUGCGAAAGGAUGUCGAGCCCGUGCCACCUUUGUACCAGUUUGGCGGGUAUCAGGAACGAGCUGGUAGUGUCACGGAGCCUGGUGACAUGGGCGAGAAGAAAGGCAGUGCUGUCAUUGCAUAG